AUGCAGCAGUCAAGACAUUGAGUAUCAUAUAUAUGGAGAAAUUCGUACAAUGAGGCGCCGGUAUUCGUAGGGCUCCCACGAGCCGCGAGGAUCGCCAGAGAAGACUGAAUCAACUGUCUUGGUCUGGAGGGGGGGAAGGCCCAAUCGAAUGGGCUUAGUUUUUGUAAAAUCCUCGGUUGGUCGCACCGGCCCGGGCGAAAGUAUCAUAGGGACCAUUUCGCCGUUAUGGAUGGUCGAAAGCAAUCCCUAGCCCCUCUCACACACAAAGGGGAGAAGAGGAAUGGGAUCAGGCUUAGGGUGGCAUCUCCAUCCCACUGUGUAGUUACUCGAGCACAUGGUGAUAGGGUACAGUAUGGUGAGAAAGUUCCGUUGGUCCGGAGAGAAUGUGAGCGUGGAUGGGCCGGUGGAAGAGGGUCAGGAGUGAUUGUCCAAUCCACCGCCAGAUAUCAUACAAGUACUCGAGUAGUGGUGUUUCCACCAGACAGGGAAAAAUACGAUCGACACGCCCCCCCCUUCCGUACUUGGGGAAAAAUAAUAAUACGGUAGUAACACAAACACCCCUCCGCCGCCCCCCGCACAACCCAUCUCUUUGCGCCACGGUUUCCCCGCCGGGCGGUUAGAGAGAAGGAAAACAAAAAGAAACUUCAUGCAAGGAUAAUAUCUUGCAGUAAAUAAUGAUCUCCUUCCCCCCCCCAAGGCAUCCUAGAAUUAUAAGCUCGCUACCGUAAUUCACCCUCUUAAUUUGCCCCGUGACCUCCAGUUCCUCGAGCAGAGAGUACCGGUAGAUAAAUUAGGGUCUGGCGAUCCACUCACCCGGGGCAUUACUGAGCUCUUUUCGGAGUUGCCAAUAACUCCUACUAUUUCCCCUGGUUCAGAGCCGUCGCCUCCUAGCACAUUACAGUACUUAAACUUCCCCACCCCCUCCCUCUUUCUUGAGAGUCUCAUUCGCCUUUUCGAUCUGUCAAAUCUCCUUUCCCCCCACGAUCACUUCGAUCCGUAGCCAAAAUUGGUGCACUGAGUCCAAUGUUUUCGGAGGUUCUCAAAUCAAAUUCUACGGAAAUGUCCGAAGCAGAGGUUUCCGUGGUGAGUGAGGCGCAUAAUGUUGAGACCUACCAAGUUCCCCGCAAGUAUUAUGAGAAGCACCCAGCCAAACCUCAUUUGACGUUGGAGGAGUACAAGGCUCAGUAUCGUGAAUCCAUCGAGAACCCGGAUAAAUUUUGGGGGGAGAAAGCGAGAGAACUUCUUCACUGGGAUAUUCCAUUUCAGACCGUAAGAAAUGGAUCCUUUCAGCAUGGGGACAUCAGCUGGUUCCUUGAGGGCCGUUUGAACGCUUGCUACAAUUGUGUCGACAGACAUGCUUUCAAGGAUCCCGAGAGACCCGCGAUUAUCUACGAAGCCGACGAGCCGUCCGAAGGCCGCGUGAUCACAUACAGUGAGCUCCUUCGUGAGGUAUGCAAGUUGGCCUUUGUCCUAAGGCAGAUGGGUGUCAGGAAGGGAGAUACCGUCGCCAUUUACAUGCCCAUGAUCCCGGAGGCCCUGGUCGCAUUCUUGGCAAUCGUUAGAAUCGGAGCGGUUCACUCCGUCGUGUUUGCCGGGUUCUCGGCUGAAUCUCUCCGCGAUCGGGUUCUGGAUGCGCGCUCCAAAGUGGUAAUCACCACUGAUGAGGGCAAGCGCGGUGGAAAGGUUAUCGGAACCAAGCGGAUUGUGGACGACGCAUUGAAGCAAUGCCCUGAAGUCAAGAACGUACUUGUCUACCGUCGUACCGGAUCGGAGGUGCCCUGGACCCAGGGUCGUGAUUAUUGGUGGCAUGAGGAGGUCAACAAGUACCCCGGUUACUGUCCGCCUACCCUUAUGGACUCAGAGGACCCCUUGUUCCUGCUGUACACCUCCGGAUCCACUGGAAAGCCUAAGGGUGGCACACCCGCAUACCCGGAUUUUUCGAGAUAUUGGGAUAUCAUCGAGAAGCACGGAAUUACCCAAUUCUAUGUCGCACCAACCGCAUUGAGGCUGUUGAAGAAGGCCGGCGACCACCACAUCAACAAACAGAUGAAGACCCUGCGAGUAUUGGGCUCAGUCGGUGAACCAAUCGCUGAGGACGUGUGGAAGUGGUAUCAUGAGAAGGUUGGGCGUGGGGAAUGCCAUGUUGUAGAUACGUACUGGCAAACUGAGACCGGUUCUCACGCUAUUGCGCCCAUGGCUGGUGUUACUCCAACCAAACCUGGAAGUGCUACGCUUCCUUUCUUCGGAAUUGAACCCGCUAUCAUUGAUCCGGUAACUGGUGAUGAAUUACACGGGAACGGGGUUGAGGGAGUUUUGGCUAUCAAGAGGCCAUGGCCCAGUAUGGCGAGAACGGUCUGGGCCUCUCACCAGAGAUUCAUGGAGACGUAUUUGAAUGUCUACAAGGGUUACUAUUUCACCGGCGAUGGCGCGGGGAGAGAUCAUGAAGGAUACUACUGGAUCCGUGGUCGAGUAGACGACGUUGUCAACGUUAGCGGUCACAGGUUGUCAACCGCAGAGAUCGAGGCCGCCCUCAUUCAUCAUGAGGCUGUUGCCGAGGCUGCUGUAGUCGGUAUUGCCGAUGAGUUGACUGGCCAGACUGUCAACGCCUUCGUCUCGCUAAAGGACAGCUUCGAGAACUCUUCUGAGAUGAGGAAGAGUUUGACCCUUCAAGUCCGGAAAUCCAUUGGACCGUUCGCAGCCCCCAAGGCGGUGCACGUGGUCAAUGACCUUCCUAAGACUAGAUCGGGAAAGAUUAUGAGACGCGUCCUCCGAAAGAUCCUAUCCGGCGAAGAGGAUCAGUUGGGUGAUACCUCGACCUUGUCGGACCCUUCUGUCGUUGGUACCAUACUUGAGACACUGCACGAGACUGGAAACAAGUAGAUGAAGGGUUUAGGGUGUGAUACGGGUCCUUUCCUUCCUUUUCCAAAGGUCAAAAAAGAGGAAAAAUUAAAAAUAAACAUCCACCCUGUGACAAAGUCGGGGGAGGGGGUGCCUGUUCCGAGAGACGGAAAUCUAUCAUAUCAUACCUUUUUGUCUAGGACCUUUUCUUCUCAUUAUUUUCCUUUCAUACCGUUCGGGUUCCUGGUUCUGUAUUGCCAUAUUCCAUCCAAUAUAGG